AGAAACCGCAGGACUAGAGCAGGCAGGAUACAGGCGGCACAUCCUUCCUUCCCUUCCAUCUGCUCUCCUCCUGAUCCCGCCUCCUUCUCUCACCUCGAGUCAGUAGAAGUGAAUGUGUUGUUAAGCGAGCGGGGAUCGUGUUCCUGCAGCAUGGAUGAGAGCUGGUUUGUCACCCCUCCCCCCUGUUUUACUGCAGAGGGAGCCACGGCAGAGGCCAGCCCCAUGGAGGACCUCCUCAUCGAGCACCCCAGCAUGUCCGUGUACGUCUCCGCUGGCCCUCUCCCUGCGGUGGAAGAGAGCACCACCAGCCUGAAUGGCAGUGUCAGCAGGACGUCUGAAUCAGCAGCGCCCUUAAUGACCAGGAACAGCAUGCCCACACGGGUGACCCGAGGAGCAGCCGCACAAGCAGGCGCCCUGGCUAAAGUCACCCAGGUCUCCAGGGUCCAGAGGGCCAAAGCCCGCACUGAGCGUCGCCACCUGGCACGCAACCGCAUGCAGCGCCAAAACCGUGUGCGUGAACAGGUGCAACGGCGCGCGUCCCACACCCGCAACUCCUUCCUGCACCAACCGUGCCAGCGCAACAUCUGCCACUGAUGCAUUAAAGUUUACAUUGAGGGCAUUAUAACCCACCCCAAGAAAACCCACACCUCCCAAUGAAUCCCCUACCUUCUCAAGUUCUCCUUUUGCUUUUAUUGGUUUUAUGUACAUAAUGUUAUUCAGUUUCAUAUUAAUCAGGUUUGUCUUUGAGUACAAGCCAGUUUAUCCUCUUUUCACUCUUAUUUGGAAACCCACUACCAAGCACAAUUACUCUAAGACGAUUCAUAUAUUUGCUUAAAUGGCCAUGUACCUCCAAUAACACCUAAAUCAGUAUCUGGGAGUAUAGCUGAAAAGGAGACAUGUAAACUCUGUAUCUUUACAUACAUCCCUCUAAAUGUAUAACGAUGACACUUCAGGUACAUUGACACUGUUCGUUGAAACAUAAUCAGGUUAAAUUGUCAAAAGAAGGAGCCAACCACUGAAUGCUUCAUGGAAAUAUGAUCCUAAGAUCACAUCACACUGAGAGAACAAAAAGCUACCACAGCAAUAAAAAAGGUCACUUAAAGACAACAAGAAUGAAAAGUAUGUAGAUAGUGUGAGUGAGCAAGAAUAGUAAACAGAUACAUGCAGUUGAGAGUUUGCAGAUUAAGACAAAUCUAGCCAGAUAUGUUUGUAAAGAGGUCAUUUCAAAGUAGAUGUUGCUGCCUGAUUUUCAGCAUAGCAGUGCUAACGUUCAAAAGUAAUUAGACUCCCAAACAAUUUAAUUGCUUGCUUUUGUAUGACCUCUCUUCCUAAACCUAAUGAGUUGCCUAUCUAAACAGCAUUUAGGAAACACCAUUUAUUGGUGUGCUUCCGCAAAGGCAGUAUCCUUCCAAGAAAAGGCAGUUUCACUGAAGAAAUCAAUUCAAGAUGGUGGAGAAAGUGGGCACUCAAUUCUAUACAUAGUCUGAAUGGGAAAAAUACCCCAGUGCAUUUAUAAAUAUAUAUUUACACCCAAUACUUAGGUGUGUUAUGAAUUUGUGCUUAUUAGAGCAUUGCCUUGCGUUAGCUUAGCAACAUGCUAACGUCAAAUUCUACUGGAAUCAACUGUAAGCAUCAAAACUUGUGUAUUUUGUAAUUCAUUCAGUAC